AUGCCUCAACCUCCUCGACCUCUACAACCUCAAGCUCUACCAUCUCGACCUCGAAAAUGGGAAAUAAGUUGGGCAAGUGGAGUCGUAUCAACAUUUGAAUCACGCUCAUGUGUGACAUCCUUUACUGGUCGUGACAACUCUAUAUCAUGCGAAGGCGAUGACAAGCAUGCAUCCUCUGAUGAUAGUGACAUCUAUACAUCAUAUGUAGUUGAGGUCGAGCGUACAUCCCCUUUUGGUAGUGACGUCCCUACAUCUUAUGUAGUCAAGGUCGGGUGUGCAUCUUUUGUUGGUAGUGACAUCUCUACGUUAUGUAUAAGCGAUGUCAG